AUGGUGUCUACGGAAGAACUAUGGCAAUAUUCGGCGAGAUGCUGCUUGGGCACUAACAAAUUUUGCUUGUUUACCGCAUCACAUAUGUCAUACGAUCAUUGA